AUGAACCAAUCUAUUUCAUCACUUAUCAAGCUCAAAUUCCUUCAAUCACACAGUAAUGAUAAAAGUGACAACAAAAAAGCCGGAAGCAGCAUUUCAACAGACAUUGGUAAAAUCAGAGAACACGAAAGUUAUAGGAGUCCUUUUAUUCAACUUGCUGAAAUACAGGAACAUACCAAUAAUGAUGACGAUAAAUCAAAUCCAAGACAAUUUGAGCGUACUAAAAAACACAGCAAAUUAAGCAGAAUACGGCGCAAAAUGGGAAGGUUAGAUCUAAAUUUUAGAUCAAGCAGUGAAAAAGAUUCUGGAGACGAUGAGACUGUGGUUGCACAACACCUCAGUAGUGGACAAAAUUUAGAAGAGAAGACUUUCAAAUCCGAAAAUGACUUAGAUUUGAUGGAGAGAGGUCCCAAGCUUAGUCUCGAGAGGACUACACUAGUUAAUUCUGGACCCGAUAAUAUAAAGCGAAACUCAAAACAAACCUCUCUUUCACUUAGCCCUGUGAAACCUACCAUGGAAAAAUUUCCCACUUCUAGUAGAUUUUCAAGAGAUUAUAGAAAAUCACAAGAACAGUUCUUUCUUAACGGUGAAAGAUUAACUCCAACUCUUCCUACAGUAAGCAGGAUAUCUACAUCUUCUUCCGUGGGUUCGUCUACUACGGCUUCACGAUACUUCAACCCUUCAAAAAGGACCGUUGUUGCAUCAUCAUCGUCAUCAUCAUCAUCAAUGAAAUUCAAUCCGUUGCAUGCCAUUCCAAUUGAUGCAACUCCUCAAAUUGAACUGGCGAAACAACAAAAUGAGAUAUCAAAGAAGAGGUUUGGAAGGAGGCGCAGUAGAACUGUUGAUGUAUUCGAUUAUAUAAACAAGAACAACACAACUAAAAACAAGAAAUUGCCCUCUCCUUCUUCAUUCAUUAGAAGUAUUGAUGAGAUAACUCCAAAUAUUGCCGCCCCAGACAACUUGAGGUUGCACCAAGCCUUUCCCUCCGAUGAUAACAAUAUCAUAUGCAAUGAUACACACAAUGUGGAAGUAAAUAAUUCAGACCAUCAGAUGUUAUCAAGGUCUAGAUCGCAAAGUACUUCUUUUGUUCAGAACAAAUGCUGUAAGAGAAAGUCCAUCGAAAAUGAAAGUUACGACAACAAACUGUGCUUUCCUCAUGGAUCAGGCCCUGCUUCAGUUUACAACAAUAAAAGCAAUGCGAAUUCAACUAUAACAGGUAUGUCAAGAAGAAGUAGUUCUAUUGUUAAUGCCUUGAGUAGUUUCGUUAAUAUUCGCUCCUCUAGUUUAUCGUCUUCUAAACAACAGAAUCUUCAACAACAACAACAGCUACAGCAGAAACUGAAUAUUUCGUUGGAUGAUUUACCACCAGUUCCUGCCCCUGCAUUCAGUGAUUCUUGCAAAGAUUUUUUGGUCAAAUUAGCGCCAUAUGGGAAGUUUAUCGGGGUCAUUUUAACUGAAAAGGAAGAUGAGUUUAGAAAAAAUUGUUUAAGCUAUCUACUAUCAAAUUGCUUCGAAUUCAAAAACGACCCCUUAGACAUAGCUCUGAGAAAACUCCUCAUGUUUCUGGAGCUACCAAAAGAAGCACAACAAAUUGAUAGGUUGAUUAUGGCAUUUAGCAUUACAUACUAUAAAUCACAAAAGAGCCAUUCUAAAAAAAAAGGAAUUGAUUGCUCCUGGUACAAUGCAGAACAAGUUUAUUUCAUUACUUUUUCCUUAUUAAUGUUGCAUACAGACUAUUUCAACCCUAACAAUAAAAGCAAAAUAUCAAAGCAUGAUUUUGUGGAUUUAGUCCAUAAUGACAAAUACUCAAACGGCAACGAGAUUCCUAUAGAUAUUUUGAUAUAUUUCUAUGAAAAUGUGACAGCCAAAGAGUCACCGAAGUUUAAUUAUUUUAUGAUGUCACCAAUGACUUUGGAUGAGAGCAUUUUUGACAAAGAUGCAUUUGACACAAAUUUCGCUAUCACGUUAUCUUCAAAUUCCAUGUAUUCUCCUCUAGAUAUGAUAAGAAGAGGUAGCUUAUUAUCUAAGGAAUUCUCACUCUCACCCAACCUCUAUCCAUUAACAAACUCAAAUAGUGGGUCUAGUGUAGUUCCAUCUACAACAAUUUCAUCUGGUGCACCUAACACGCCAGGGGCUACAAAUGGAAUAAACCUUGGACUUACCCACAACAAUAGCAAUAGGCCGGCCUCAAACUCAAUAUCGUCCUAUUUUUCAUACAAUCCAAGCUCUAGUUCUAGCGGGAAUGCUACCUUGGUGCAAGAUGACAUUAACGUUUAUUUCCACAUCAUAAAUGACUCAUUAAAUGAAGUAAAUUUAUUUCCAGAGGUCUCAAAAUAUUGGAGUAAAAAAUCCUUGAAAAUAGAUUUGUUGAGAAAGGAAGAACACAGAUACGAAAAGUAUUACAGUAUUAUGAAUGACACUAAAGGCGGUUAUUUACGCUUUCAUAAAAGUCAACUGAAUAAACUAAAUUUACCAAAUUUCGAAAUUCUGAAUGAUAAUACCAGGUCUGGGUUCAAGAAUUCGGACUAUAAGUACUGCAAAAUUCUCCAAAUGGGGGGAAUAAUGAAUCUAGGCAUGCCCAGUAGAAAAUUUUCUAUCGUGAAUUCUGGAAAGAUUCAUUGGAAAAAGGAAUUUGCCAUAUUAACAUCAUUUGGAUUGUUAAUCUGUGAUAAAAUGGACUGGAUAAAUCCACAAAUGAUGAAAGAUCCAAAAUCAGGAACUUCAAACUAUAUAAUUGAUUUUAAAUCAGGAUUUUCCUUUGUUCCAGGAAGCACAAUUGAUGUUUACAACGGUUUGUUUGCAGACAGUGAACGAGAUUCAUUGGGAAAGUCGCAUUUCUCUAGCUUGGUGCUUGCAUAUACAGAGCAUAAUUCUACAGGUAAUCAUAUAAACAAUACGGCGGUUUCAAGUGGCACUACUAGACGGAAUGAAGGAGUUUUUGACACAUCCUCAGAUGAAGAGGAAAAUAGUACUAGCCCUACUGAUAGUACCAACAGCGUGAGUAACAGCGAAAGUGAAACAGAUGGCUCUUCCAGUUCAGAGGAUCAAGUAAGUUCAUACAUUGAUAAUGAUGAAGAGGAUCUCUCUGAGAAGAACGAGUUCCCGAUUCUUCAAGACGAAAAUGCUGAUUGUUUGUUAUACUUGCAUACAUGUCAUCGAAAUUUUAUCUGGAAGUGCGCCACUAAGUAUGAAAGAGACAACUGGAUUGAUUCAAUUAACUUGUUUUCAGCGUAUGACGGAUGCUACGUGGAAAUUGGUAGUAUAGCAAACACAAUUUGUAAUAAAAGAAAAAUUACUGUUACGGAAAGAAUUGAAAGACUGCAGUCUAUCAAAGCAGCAAAAUGGGAGAAAUUAAAGAAAAGUGAAAGUAUUCUGAUGUUGAUGGGGAAAUGUGUGCCUAUUAGCACCAAAACUAGGACGGAUAUGAUAAACCGCAUAAGACAGCUGGCUGUCAAAAUGGAUUGGCUAAUCUAUGAAAUCAAAAGAAAUGAACUGUUUGUUAAUAUCAUAAAAGAUGUGACUGGCAAACGACAAGCUGGAAAGAAUAUUUUACACGAUGAUAAAGUAGGAGAGGAGGAUCGAGGUAAUAAUGAUGAUAAUGAUGUUAUUGAUGAUAUUGAGGAAAGCUUCCUAUUCAACGAAGAUAGUUUACAGGUGUGUGCGUGCGACUCUCGCCACGAUGAACAUAGUAACGAAUAG